AUGUUAUUGAAAGAACAAUACGAUUAUAGACUAAAAACAAUAGAAGACAAAUUAGAACAUUAAGAACAAUUUUUGAAUAAAAAGAUAAAUCAUUUAGAAGAUAGAAUUCGAUCUAUCAAUAUUAUAUAUGACAGAAUUGAUGAAUUAGCAGAACGCAUAAAUCUUUUACAUACUCUCUUUGACAAAUUAAAAGAAAAUUUUGAUGCUAAAUUAAUGUCUUAAGAUGAUAAAAUAACAAAUCUGAAUUCAAAGAUAAAUAGGUUAAAAAACGAGGACAUUUAAUAUUUAUAUAAUCUAAUUAAAAAAGCAUCAGCUACAUCAAAAGAAUUAUCAUCAGAAGUUUAGAAUGCUAAAAAUAAAGAUAUAGGAUAAUCAGAAGUGCUUUUCAAAUAGGAAUUGAAACAAUCUAAAAUUUUGGGAGAAAGAUUACAAUCACCAUUAUUCAUUUAGCGAAAUGAUAAUUAUUAAAAAACUGAUAGAAUAAGAUCAAUCACACUUGAGAAGGACAAAGGAUAAGAUCUGAAAGGAAAAUAAGAAAACAUACNUAUUCAAAAGGUUCAUCUUCAAAUUCUAUUUCAUCCUAUACAAAAGGUGCUUUUGAUUCCUAUUUUUUUUAAGACACUUUUGGUAAAAAUAUAUUAAUUCCAACACUACCUCUUAAAAUUACAUAGAAAGCUUUUCCUUCAUUAUUCACUUUGA